AUAAUGGUUCAAUAACCCAUAAUUCCAAUUUUCAGGCAAAUCAUAUUCAUAUUAACACAAGUUACUACCAAUACUGAAUUAGAAUACAUCUGAAUAUUGAUGCAGCAGCAGUAGUAGCACUAUGGCAUUUAUGAUUAGCACCAGAGCUCUCUCAAUCGCCAAACCUAUUUCCUCAUUUGACAACCAUGGCGCGCCGAAUAAGCGCGGGCGCUUUGGGCGCCUACAUAUGUCGGCGCAACCUACGCUAGAAGUUGGGGUGCAGGUGAUUCUGUUGAAGGGAAAUAAAGUGCUGAUGGGCCGCCGCCACACCGUUGUAGGCGACGCUCACUUCGCCCUUCCCGGCGGCCACCUCGAGUUCGGGGAGAGCUUUGAGGAAUGUGCAUACAGGGAAGUGAAAGAGGAGACAGGGCUAGAGAUUAAGGGAGCUGAGAAAUUGACAAUCGUUAGCAAUGCGAUUUUGGAACCGAAACCUAUGCAGCUUGUAGCAGUUAUAAUGAGGGCGGCGCUUGCUGAUCCGAACCAGGAGGCUAUCAAUAUGGAGCCUGAAAAAUGUGAUGGGUGGAAUUGGUACCAUUGGGACCAUCUUCCUUCUCCAUUAUUACCCACACUACAAACAGCUAUUGUAGAAGGUCUAAAUCCUUUCCCACCUACUACUCAUUAGUACAGCAUCAUCUUUUCAAGAUAAUACAUUUCUCGCAAAAACUCAUCAUAUAUAUUGGUUAAUGAAAAUGUAGUGUUUAUGUGGAAAUUUGCCAAUAAGACAGAAAAUAAGGGCAUUUAUAAGCGUGCGAAUCUCUCUUUAGCCUUUUACAUAUGGUGAUAUGGAUAUACAAUCUUCGUUCUC